CAGCAAAUUUUUCAUCACUUCCAAAGUAGUUCGUGACUUCACCAGUUGUGUGGGAAAAUUGUGAGCAAAGUUUUGCGAUAGUUGCUUCAAUAAUCCGUCGGGCGUGUAUGUGUUUUCCCAUCCAUUUUCCAUAACGUCUAAAACAUAUUUGCCUUACGUGUCGACGGCAUUACGUAUGCACGUAGCGUGAAUCCUAGAAUCGCUGGAAACAGCUGCAAGAGUGCACUUCCUCUUCUAGCCAACAUCUGUCGUCUGCAUCAUCAUCAUCCGAGCGGGGUCGAAGUGGAAGUGCGUGACGUUGUUUAGGUCUGCAUCCUUACUGAUUUGCCGAAAGUUGGGUUAAUUGAUUACCAGCCAAAAGGAUCGCCUGGAGCGGCGCCUAUCGUUUUAUAUGCCUUUAGAAAGCGUACAAGAAACACCAGCACUCAAAGGAGCACCGCUAUCUUCCAUAUCACGGAGUUUCAGUGGUACGACGUGCAUGAUUUCUCAUAGGAGCAGUAAAAGUCAUAGGACUUCAAAAUAUUCUAGCAAUAGACACCGGAAAUUACAACCGUUCAGGGAAACGUGAAAAAUUGAAGCAAAAUUAGGCACCUGUAUAUUUUUAUUUAAAUUGUGAUAAGUAUCGUCUUAACGAAUAUAUUGUACGAGCUGUGCAUCGCUAAUCCGUCGCUACAUUCGCUCGCUUAAAGCAGCGAAAAUCAACGUCUGCAUUUGGCGAAAGAGUGUCUCCCGCAUUCGUUUGGAACAGCAAGCUGAAAGAGAUUGAUCUGCGAAAAAGGCUACCUUGGUAGACAGUGGAAGUAACGUGUUGGUGUGUUUAUAACUAGAGGACAAUAUAUAUAUUGUUGCCUCAGUGUCAAGGCGGAAAACAAAUCCCGUACCACGUAGGACGGGAAGUGAACAGAGGAAUUGAUCCUGCUGAUUUAUCUCUAAGAAAGAGGGUCGAUAAAAGCCCCACCACGCGCCACCAUCACCACAUCAUCCCACAAAUGCUUUUGUCACCAACAACAACGGCACACAGCAGAUUCGAGUACGCCGUAAUCGCCACUGGAGGAUUGCAUUCGCAAAAAAAUCGACCGAUCAUCGAUCGCUUCACCGGUGAACAGAUGAAUUUGGUCAGCUUGCAGCAGCCGUCUCGUUGGUUUCGUUAAGAAUCAUCACCACAACGGUGCAGUGCUAUCUGAACCCUUCUCCCCAUCCAUAGUUGAAACACCCGGGGAAGAGUUGUUUUGCAUGAAGUAGAAUCACGAGCAUCAUAUACUAUCGUUAGGCUGUCGGCGCCGGCGUUCAAAUUGCAGACGGACGAUCUGGUUCUGCGUUCAAUAGCCGAAUAGAUCGGAUCGAAGAGUUCCCGCUGACGAACACCACUUGCGAGUGUGUGAACUAUAGUAGGAACGAAUUCCUGAGUCUGUAAGAUCAACAGCUUCGUCCCGUUUGUUGUAAAAAGAGUGCGCUGCAUCACACGCCUGUCGCAAAAAUGGCUACCGUGAACGUGAAUCGCAAUGUCACUGACAUCUUCUAUCGCUACAAGAUGCCGCGUAUCAACGCGAAGGUGGAAGGUAAAGGUAACGGCAUCAAGACGGUUAUUGUGAACAUGGUGGACGUGGCCAGAGCUAUUGGACGGCCUGCAACCUAUCCGACGAAGUACUUCGGGUGCGAACUGGGUGCGCAAACCCAGUUUGAUCACAAGAACGAACGUUUCAUCGUGAAUGGAUCGCAUGAUGCGACCAAGUUGCAGGAUCUACUCGACGGGUUCAUUCGUAAGUACGUGCUGUGCCCUGAGUGCGACAAUCCGGAAACCGAUUUGCUGGUCUCGUCCAAGAAGGGAACCAUCUCGCAGGGCUGUAAAGCUUGUGGUUUCCACGGUCCCCUCGAGGUGAACCACAAGGUGAACACGUACAUCAUCAAGAAUCCGCCGAACGUGAACCCGGCUAGUCAGGGUGCGUCGUUGACUGAAGGAAAGCGUAACAAGCGCUCGAAGAAGGGUGAGAACGGUGACGAUUCGACGGUCGGUCUGAACACCACCGCCAACGGAUCGGCGCACGACAACGGUGAGACCAACGGUGAUGAGUCACCGAACGAGUCGCUUGUGGGCACAACCGGGAGUGUCGUGGCUGCGGGUGUAAUUGCUAACGGCGAGGACGAUGUCAGCUGGACCGUCGAUACGUCUGAGGAGGCGGUGCGGGCCCGGAUGCAGGAUCUCACCGAUGGCGCCAAGAACAUGACCGUCUCGGACGACUUUGACAAAACGGAAAAGGAGCGCAUGGACAUUUUCUACGAGCUGGUCAAGAAGAAGCGGGACGCAGGUGAGCUGGACAACUUGCAGGUGCAUAAGGAGCUGGUGACGGAGGCGAGUCGGCUCGAUAUCCAGUCGAAGUCGACGCUGGUGCUGGCGGAAUUAUUGUUCACUUCCAACAUCACGCAAGAGGCGCGCAAGUAUCGGAAUUUGCUGCUGCGCUUUACACACGAAGACAAGAAGGCGCAGAAGUACUUUAUUGGUGGCCUAGAGCAGAUCAUCUCGCUGCACGCCGACAAACUGAUGGACAAGGUGCCCGGCAUCCUCAAGCUGUUCUACGACAGUGACGUCCUGGACGAGAAAGUUAUCCUCGACUGGUCGCAGAAGGUCAGCAAGAAGUACGUGUCGAAGGAGGUUGCCGCGCAGAUCCAUGAGCGGGCCAAACCGUUCGUCCAGUGGCUGCAGGAGGCCGAGGAGGAGGAGUCAUCCGAGGAGGAUGACGACUCGGAGGUCGAAAUUGAGUAUGAUGAUCGCGCGAAGGUGGAUUCACUGCGCAAGGGACCGACCAAGCCGGAACCGAAGAAGGCUGCAGCUGCUGCCGUGGAGGACGACGAGGAUGGCGAAGAUCUUAACAUUGACGAUAUUUAAGCCUCCUCUGAACCUUCUACCAACACCUUACUUCUUUUCUUUCGCGUUUUGUCCACGUUUUCUCGUGAUCCAAAGGACGAUGAACAAAGAUAUGCAUAGUUAGCCUAUCGAAAUCCCUCGAGAAUUUUUCUCUACACAAAUCAGGCAACUAUUUUCACCUGACAUUGUUUCUUAGUAAGAACAUACCUUUAUCGAAUCGGCAUGUAAUUGAACUGGCUUUUGUUGCUUUGCUGGUUUGUCCAAAGAAAAUUAGGUCCGCACACCCCUGGCUGGUAAUGGGUUAUCGAAAAUCGAUCGCUAAUAUUCUGUUUGAUAUUCGCGAUUGCAAUACCGACCGGUUGAAAUUACGAAUUACGUACGAAUGUUGUGUGCUGUAGGAUGAUCACGAGAAUACACACAGUGGAAGCUUUUAAUUCGAAGAAUGGCAUGGCUUAUGAUCCGUUUUUUUCCUUAUCUCUUUCCUGUGUUAGUAUGGAAAUAAACAUUCAAGCAUAUAAAAAAUAAACAAAAAAAGAAUAAAAAUUUUCAUUCAGUAAAA